AUGAAGCAAAGGAAAAGAGACUUCAAUGUCGAACAAAAUUUAAUUAUCCGGGCCGAAAUUGAGAAGCUGUUGGAAGCCGACCACAUUCGGGAAGUGCAAUUCCUGAGCUGGCUUGCAAAUGUAGUGCCGGUCUCCAAGCCGAGCAAUAAGUGGCGAGUCUACAUCGAUUUCCGGGACCUCAACAAAGCGUACUCAAAAGACUUCUAUCCCUUGCCUCGGAUUGAUCAGAUGGCAGACUUCACUGUCGGGUGCGAGCUAAUAUGCAUGUUGGAUACGUAUCAAGAGUACCAUCAAGUGUCGCUCACCAGGGAAGAUCAGGAGAAGGUCAAUUUCAUCACGGUCGAUGGAACAUACUACUACAACGUCAUGCCGUUCGGACUGAAGAACGUCGACGCUACCUAUCAGAGGUUGAUGAACAAGGGGAGCGGGAUCGGCGUACUGUUCAUCUCACCUCAGGACGAACGGAUGCAACUGUCCGUUAGGCUGGACUACAGGGCAACAAAUAAUGAAGUUGAAUACGAGGCACUGAUAGUCGGUCUGCAAGCCGCCCGGCACGUCGAAGCCAUCAAGGUUCUCAUCCACUCGGAUUCUCAAUUAGUCGCUCAGCAGCUUACUGGGACAUUCGAGAUAAGUAACACAAGGCUCAAGCUCUAUGCCGAGGCUUUUGAAAAACUGAAGGUCAACUUCCGGGAGGUUGUCAUACAGAAGAUCCCUCGAGCAGAAAACCAGGCCGCGGACGAGCUGGCCAAAUUGGCUAGCUCUCUAUCUCCGAUCAUCAUAUCACAGCCGAUCGAGCAGGUGUCCCUGGUGGCCCACAUUGAUCGGAUGGGGGGCUCACCUUUCCAAGCGACUGGAGGACGGCGUUGGUAG